CGUAUCUGAUGAUGAUGUUGAUUAGUUAUUCAUAAUUGUAUGAAGUACAUUGAGAGUAUAUUAUAUAUUUUUCAAAUAAAAAAUAAGUAAAUGAUUAAAUAAAUAUAAAAAAUAAAUAAAUGAUUACAAGUUUUUUAUAAUCGAAAAGUAAUAGUUGAAUGAGAAAGUAACUUAGGAUAUAGAAUUGUCUCUUAAACUCGCAUAUAACCAUGGAUAAUACAUAUUUAAAUAAUUCUACAAAAUCAAAUCCGCUAUUACAAAAUAUUCAGAUUAAUCCUAGUGCAGGAAGGGUUGCACCACCAUUACCUAGAUCUAAUGUACAAGUAUCUACAACAUUAUCUACUCCCAGUACUACAACUACAAAUGCACCACAAAUAAAUUAUCGUAAUGUUGCAAUGCCUAUGUCAUACAUGCCAUCAACAGUUGGAGCUACUUAUAAUAAUCCUUAUGGUGGUUAUCCAUAUAGUAGAUCAUUUAUGAAUAUGAAUGGCUUUAAUCCAUACAGUUCAUUUGGUCAAUCAAUGCCAAAUCAAUAUCAAAAUCCUGUUAUUAUUGCUGCUGCUGAAAAUUCGCGACCUGCAUUUGAAUCUAUACAAUCUGUUGUUCAAUCGUUUAAUGCUGUAAGCAUGAUGUUAGAAUCAACUUUUACAGCAAUGCAUAUGUCUUUUCAAGCAUUAUUGGGUGUUGCAGAGAACUUUACACGACUAAGGACAUUUCUUAUGAAAUUAUACUCUACAAUUGUCACAUUUAAAUUAGCUAGAUGGUUUUUAGCCAAACUCAUUUAUUUAUUAAGAUUAGUAAAAGGUAAUUAUAAUGGAUCAAGCAUAGAAGAAGAUUUAUGGUCUAAUUUGUCUACAUCUUCAAGAGAAACUACCAAUCAAGCUGAUGGACGAUCAUGGCCUUUGAUUGUUUUUACAGGGUUAUUAGUUGCUACACCAUAUUUUGUCUACAAAUUACUAAACUCAGUUACACCAACUAACAUACCUAAUUCAGUAAAUGGUAACAAUGGAAGGAUUGUCAUAAAAGCUCCAUGUGAUUGGAGUAGUAACGACCCUAAUACUAUUACUUUAGUAAAAGACCAAUCCUACUUCACUUCUAAUAUAAGAUUAGAAAAUACUUCUAAAAAUGGUGGAUGGUUGCUCCUUGAUAGUUUUAAUGGACAAAGAGGAUAUGCACCCUUCUCACUACUUAAAAGAAAUCAAGUAAACAAGUUAAAUUAUGCAGAUAUUCCAAAUGUACCUCCUGAAUUUGCAUUACCCUCUAUGAAUGAACAAAUACCUCCUCAAAUAAUUUCUACUCGAAUGGAUAACAUAAAAAAUGAUCAAAGUAUAUUAGAUGGGUUAAAUAAAAAUUAAUAAUUGUACCUUUAAUUAUUUUAUGUUGUAUAAUUGUAAUUAAAAAAUAAAAGGAUGUAUAGGGGUUUUAUUAAUUUUGUUUUAUUUAUAUUGUGACUUAAAAAAAAAACUUAUUUAAUCAUUGUAAUUUGAUAUCCAAUUGAAAUUGGAAGGAAUUUGGUUUAAUCUGUAAUUAAUUCUACUAUAAAUGCUUUAGCGAGUUUUAUAUAAUUUGUA